CUACCACUACGUCGUCGCUUUCGGCCUCCCGUCCUCACUCACUCGGCCUGCUCCCUCCACCGGCGAAACACGCCGCGGACCAGCUGCAGCAAAAUCAGGAGUUGUAGCCGACUGUAAUUCAUCGCCGAGAGUAAUGAAGAGCAAAUUGGAGGUCGACAAGGUUAUAGAUCAACUUCUCAACGCUAAGAAGAAGUAUGAGAAAAAUCCGUCGUCGACUAAAGAGCUGUCGGCGCGUCUGAGCGAGAGCACCAUCCGGCAGCUGAUCGCCGCGUGUCGCGAGGUGACCAUGGAACAGCCGGUGCUUCUGGAGCUCGAGGCCCCCGUCCACAUCGUCGGCGACAUCCACGGGCAGUACAUCGACCUGCUGCGCCAUUUCGACAAGCUCGGCUACCCUCCCAACUCCAACUACCUCUUCCUCGGCGACUACGUCGACAGAGGGAAGUACUCGCUGGAAACGAUCUGCUUGCUUAUGGCCUACAAGAUAAAAUACCCCAAGAAUUUCUUCCUGCUGCGCGGAAACCACGAGUGUGCCAGCAUUAACAGGAUUUACGGCUUUUACGACGAAUGCAAGCGCAGGUACUCGGUGAAGCUGUGGAAGACCUUCACCGACCUCUUCAACUGCCUACCAAUAGCUGCCAUCAUUGAGGGAACAAUUUUCUGCAUGCACGGAGGCUUGUCGCCGGAACUAACAGACUUAAAACAGAUAAGAGCGAUCACAAGGCCAGUCAACGUGCCCGACAGUGGCCUCUUAUGUGAUCUCCUGUGGUCCGACCCUGACGAGCGCGUGUCUGGCUGGGCUCCUAAUGACAGGGGGGUGAGCUACGUUUUCGGAGGCGAGGUGGUGCGCAAUUUCCUUCAGCAACACGAUCUUAGCCUCAUCGUCAGAGCGCACCAAGUGGUCGAGGAUGGAUAUCAGUUUUUCCAACAACGCUCGCUGGUGACGCUGUUCUCCGCCCCAAAUUAUUGCGGAGAGUUUGACAAUGCCGGCGCCGUGAUGGGCGUUUCUGAAGAUCUCACUUGUUGGUUCAGCGUGCUACCGCCUGACAAGAAGAAGGUUUUCAUCAAAUACUACAAAUAAAUGUUCGGAAACUGCAUCGGAAUUUACGACUUGCGCACCAACAUUAUUUUUGUUUUACUAUGAAGCUGUUUUUACACGAAACUAUGGAGCAAACUCUCACUAAAUUCAUGUCAUUUUUAAUUUUAAUUUAAUUAAACCAAAGACCAUGUUUUUGAGUGAAUAUACUCUUUGACGUCAAUUUCGUGCCAAAUUGUCUAGCACGCUUAGACGCACUUGGAAUUGUACUUUACGUCUUUAGGAAUGACAAACUUUCAAUUUGUUCAUUUAGAUCGAGAUAAUGUGAUAAAAAAAUAUUAGGAAUGAGUGCUUUCAAUAUUAUAUAUAAUUUUCACUUUUAUUGCUGCCAGCUAGGGUUAAUGUUGUGUCUUAUUGGCGAAUUACAUAGCAAACCUCCACUCCUGAAUGAUGUAAACUGAUUUGACCACCUGUGACAUGGCAUUUUUGUAAUACAUACUUGCUUGCUGUGUAUUAUUUUAGAGUCCACAGUGUCUUAGAACCGUAACUGUGAUUAGUUACAUUCCAGAAAAAUAAUCAAGGGAAUCCAUUUUCACGUCCUUCCCACUUGAGGGGGAGAAAGUACAGGACAAAUAAUAAUGGAAUCCACAGGAGAAAACAUAACACCAUUAUAUAUGCAUUAAAAACUAUGUAUUGUGAAAAUAGCAGUACUUAAACCGAAUGUGCACACUUAAACUGUUAGAAAAAUGUAUGAAUUUUGGAAAAUUUGAAUGAAAUUUAAAUCUUGAACUUAUUAA